AUGGGCAUCAAAAGCUUCCUCAAGAAAGAUGGGCGUGGGCCAUCUCUUGAGAACCCCCCAUCCUACUCCCGGGGAUCAGAGAAGGACGAUAUGGAAGAAGGCUACGGACAACAUACGAAGAUUCAGACAGGGUGGACAGGCGACGGGCACGCUGGAGCCAACGAAUAUCCCAACGCGGGCGGAGAGAAUUACCGUACCCUAGGGAGAUGGCGAGCAUGCGUCAUCCUCAUUACUAUCGAAGUCGGCAUCGGUGUUCUCAGUCUGCCAUCGGCUCUCAAGACGCUCGGGCUGAUUCCUGGUAUUAUCGCAAUCCUUGGGUUUGGAGGCCUCACGACUUACUGUGGCUACAUUCUGGUUCAAUUCUACCGCCGAUACCCAAUGGUCACGAACCUUGUUGACUGCGCGCAAUAUGUCGGAGGCAAGCCCUUUGAGUAUUUCCUUGGUGUGGCGUUCAUAUUCAACCUGGUGCUCAUCUGCGCUUCGGCCAACAUCACCAUGUCGGUCGCUUUGAACACGCUUUCGAAUCACGCCCUUUGUACCGUAGCAUUCAUGGCCUUUCCACACAUUGUGUGCUGGCUGCUCUGUCUCCCGCGCAAGCUCACGUUCGCCGCUGCCUUCAGCUGGGUCUGCACAAUCUCCAUUGUUGCAGCCGUCCUCAUCGUCAUGAUCGCUCUCGGAGUAUCUGGGCCACGGGCUCCUCCCGGUUUCGAUACCAAGAUCACGCUAGUUGGCAAGCCAACUUUCGUCGAGGCUGUGAACGCACUCCUCAAUAUCGCCUUCGCAUUCGCAGGAAACCAGAGCUUUAUCUCCGUCAUGGCCGAAAUGCGUAACGCGCCCAAGGACUUUCCACCAGCCCUGUUCAUGCAAAAGAGUUUCGAAGUCGUGGUCUAUAUUGCCGUUGCGUGUGUCAUCUACGGCUUGGCCGGCAAUUCAGUCAAAUCUCCCGCACUUGGUUCCGCGCCCAUAAUGUCGGCGAAAAUUGCCUACGGCAUCUUGAUCCCAUCCGUCCUGGGCACUGGUCUUGUCAUUGGCAUCACAGCCAUCAAGUACAUGUACAUCACCAUCAUGCGCCACACGAAGCCUGAUCAAGUCAAUGAACACAAUGCCUUUACUUGGACGCUCUGGGUCGCUAUUGGAUCGGCCUUCUGGAUCGUUACGUUUGUCGUGUCAAACGCGAUCCCCAUAUUCUCGUCGAUCCUCAAUAUCUCGUCGGCUAUCUUCAUUAGUUGGUUUACUUUUGGCCUGACGAGCAUUUUCUGGCUACACUUGAACUGGAAGGCACAAUGGAGUACGCCAAGGAAGACGGCUCUAGCCAUUGUGAACUACGCGAUCAUACUUAUGACGCUUUUCUUAAACGCAGGGGGCCUGUAUACGUCGCUGAAGGCACUGCUUGACAUCUUCAAUGACCCGAAUACGACCUUGAACGGACCUUUUACCUGUGGGGAUAACAGUUUGUUUUAG